AUGCCGCCCGUGCGAACCCACGGCUCGAGGUCGAAAAAGCCACCAGAGGGCUUCGACGACAUCCGCGACGACCUUGAGAUCUUCAGCAUCAAGAUGAAGGAUGCACAGAACACGCCCACGAACAACAUCCCCAAGCACCAAGCCCAAUGGCCCAUAUUUCAAAUCUCCCAUCAGCGCAGCCGUUACGUCUACGAGUUGUACUACGAGAAGGAAGCCAUCAGCAAGCAGUUGUAUGAUUGGCUGCUCAAGAACGGAUACGCCGACGCGAUGUUGAUCGCUAAGUGGAAGAAGCAAGGCUAUGAGAAGUUGUGUUGUCUUCGCUGCAUCCAGACCAAAGAGACGAAUUUCCAAUCGACGUGUGUCUGCCGAGUGCCCAAGGCCCAGCUGAAGGAUGAACAGGAUAUCCAAUGCGUCAGCUGCGGCUGUAGAGGCUGCGCCUCGAGCGACUAG